AUGGAGAGAGGAUCCAAAAAACUGAAGCACGAAAUCGUUACAGCGGUUGAGGAAGAGCAGCGUGGUAUUUCUAAGCUACCUCAGUAUAUUAAAGAAUUAGUAUUUACAAAUCUUUCAUUUGAUUCGAUUUGUCGCUCUCGCAUAGUCUGUAAAGAAUGGAAUUCUAUUUUAUCUUCAGAAAGUUUUCUAUUUUCCUUGCCUACCCAAAAUCCAUGGCUUCUUAUCUGUGGUAAAAAAAAGAAUGGUAAUUGGUACUGUAUGGCCUACUGCUUUUCUGCACAAAAAUGGAUGACUCUUCCCCUCUCUUUUCUUCCGAAACAAAAGAGAGGCCAAUUCAGAUAUUUAUUGAAUGCGGGGAAGGGGUUACUACUCUUUCGAGAAAUCCCCACUGCAUUUUCCAAUCCUCUUAAGAGAUUUUGCAAUCCCUUUAUGAGAUCUUAUGCAGAGGUAGAAAUAGAUUUGACUAACAAGUAUAUUGGUAUUGUAGAGGGAGAAAACAAAGAGCCCUAUUUGGUAGUAUGGUCCGAUUAUAAAAGAUUUUCCUUCCAAAUCUACCACUAUUUUCAAGAUUCAUGGAGGAUUAAAUAUCAGUUUGCAGGAGAAACAGAAUCUCAUAUAAUUUUAGAUGAAAUGGUUGAGUGCAAUGGCAUUCUUUUCUGGAGGGUUGUGUGGAGGGAAAGUUUAUCUUCGAGUGUCAUUGGUUACAAAAUCCAAGAUGAGGGUUUCAUUAGCCCUAUUACAGUAGCUCCACUUCCCCCUGAAAUGUUUGAAACUUUUAGUGUGCGUGUUGCAUUUAUGCUUCAACCUCUGCAUUUUUUAUCUAUGAUUUCAUAUGGUUCGUCUGUUCUUGUGGUGGGGAUCUUUAAGGAGUCGCCUGCAAGGAUUGUUAUCUGGGAGUUGUUUCAAGACGAAGAAAAUGAGCUGGUUUGGAAGUGGAAAGAAUUUGCAAGAAUACCUCCACAGUCACUACCUCAAUCUCUUGAUGAACAAUUGGAGCAUAUGGAGUGUGUUGGUGUGGGGGAUUACCUGUGCUUCAGCAACAGACUAGGGGAAGAUGAAAGUGGAAAGGUGUUUGCAUAUAAUUUAAGGCAAAGGUUUUGGCAAUGCCUUGAGUACGAUAAAUGGAUGAUGAUGAAGAGGAUCGUUUCCUUCGAGCCCAAGCUCAGCCAUUAUCAGUUCUUAGGAAAAUCUAGAGAAUGA